AUGGCCAACUCGAGGCACAACUCGAUCGAGUCAAGCAAGCUCGAUCGAGCGAGGAACCCAGUCUUUUGGAGCAUUCUGGAGCAUAUGGGACAUGAGGAGCAUGGAGGGACUUGGCACAUGGAAGCAGCUCAACUGGAUACGCAAAGGAAGAAGGGAGAAGCCAUCUUGAAGACCAGCUCGACCGUCUACUCGACCAACCGGUCGAGUUCCUCAACUCGACCGGCCAAGCUUCAACUCGAUCGAGCUGAGAAGUCAAAGUCAAACCCGAAAAAUGUUGCUUCCCCCUUGACUUUCCUUUGA